GCCCAGCUGUACUAACAUUCCUUCACCAAGCCGUGUAUUUAUCAGGAACUUUCUAGCAAGCAGUAAUUUGAAGCGUUGGCAUUGGUUGCAGCUUGUUAACUUUAGUUCUGCAUGUUUGCAUUUCUUGCGAUCGGAAUCUACUGUGCUGAAGUUAGAUCGUACAAAUAGGAAAACAUGGUGGCUACAUUUAAUAUGAUACCGUGGACAGUACUAUAUUUAUUCAUAUCGUUUAACCUACGUGUAAUUGCAGUGGACAAACAAAUGGAGGAACCUGUAUGUACAUCUAGAUUUGACUACGAAUAUAAAAUGUUACAUAAAAUGGUGGAGCUUGAAACAGAACAAAACAAAAUAAAGGAAUUAAUGGCAGAACUGAACAAGCUACCAAACAUACUUAAAGAAGAGAGCCUUCAAACUCAAGCAAUAGUAGACCGUGUAGAAAAAAGGCUGAAAGAGAUAGACGCAAAAAAGUCGUUCGGUGUGGCAGGAAACACAUACGUCCGCUGGGGAAGAACAGAAUGUCCUGGAAAUGGGACAGACAUGGUGUACAAGGGGUAUGCAGGUGGUGGGCGUUAUGACAAAAAAGGUUCAGCAAGCACUUAUUUAUGUUUACCCGAGGAACCAGUGUGGGGUGUGUAUGAAGAUUCAGAGCAGGUGGCUGGAACUGUCUAUGGAGCAGAGUAUGAACUCUACAAUAGAAAUAUGGAUAAGUUCUUUGGAAAGACCUUGCUCGACAACGAUGUGCCAUGCUGUGUCUGUAGGACAAAGCGGCCAAGUGUUAUUAUGUUACCAGGUCGAAACAUCUGUUAUGACGGUUGGAUAUUGGAAUAUAGCGGAUAUCUCACAAGCGGACAUGACACCCAUCAUGCAACCGAAUUUGUUUGUUUGGAUGGUGAGCCGGAGAUUAUCGGCGGAGGAGCUUCUGAUGUCAAUGGAAAGUUGUUCUAUUUUGUUGAGGCACGCUGUGGGUCAUUGCGAUGUCCACCUUACGUGAACGGACGGGAACUUACAUGUGCUGUGUGCUCAAAAUAAUCGUUUAAAAAAGGUUCCUGAUAUUUAAUCUAAAGACAUUUCAGAGAGAUUUAACAGUGCAUUUUUUUCUAGUGUUUAAUAUUUCGUUUCACUACGCUAUUGCUUAAGUUUGUAUCAACUACAAAUAAAAUUUAAAAAACUAUA